ACCGACGACUACAAGGUGGUGUUGCCUCCCAUCCCAAUGGGUGCAACUAUUUUAAAUUCAGUACCUUUGCACUGCGAUUUGAGAGGCCGCCCCUAUCGUAUUGAAGAUUUCCGGCAAGAACUGAAGCGGUGCGCCGUUCUGUCCGAGAUUGUGGCGCUCGGUGCUUUCCAGAUGAACCACGUCUGGUUAGCCACGCUGCGAACGCCGGAAGCCAAGAAGCGGCUCAUCGACUCCAAGGAGUUGAAGGUGAAGGACCUGAGGUGUGUGGUCAUCGACCCCAGCAGCACGGAAGUCCGUCUACGCCUCCAUUGGGUCCCGUGUCAUGUGACGGACGACGCGGUGAGCAAGUCUUUGGAACCCUACGGCAAGGUUAUAGAAGUCGCACGUGAGAAGUGGCGCGUCGAGGGAUUCGAGGGCAUCGAGUCGACUACCCGGGUGGCGCGCAUGACGCUGAAGAGCGGCGUCACGCCCGACGGAAUGCCUCACCAGCUGCAGCUUCAGGGGGCGAACGUCCUUAUCGUAAUCCCAGGGAGGGCGCCGGUCUGCCUGCGCUGUAAGCGUGCCGGGCACAUCAGGCGCGACUGCCGCGUGCCUAAGUGCUCGGUGUGCUCACGUUUCGGCCACGAGAAAGAGGAGUGCGUAAAGACCUACGCCCGAGUAACUGGUGGAGCGGCGGCGGAAGACCUUUCGCCCCUGACCAUGGAUAUCGACGAGGCUGAGCGCUCCGCUCAGGGACAACAAGACGAAGCUUCACCGUCUGGUGAGCCCUGCAGCCAUCCUGUUGGAGCGGACGGCUCGACGGAAGUCUCGCCUGUAAAGGACAAGAAGGAGGUGGCUGGUGGCCUUCCUGAACCAGGCAGCGCGGCACCCCCUCCCACGGCGACGCCAAUGGAGAAGACCGUAGCCCCACGCCAGGCCUCCCCCCCGACUUCCGAGAAGGCGCCUUCCGAAGGUCACGACACUAUGGACGAAACCACCGAGUCCAUCAAGCGUGGCCUCGACGAGAACCCUCCAUCGACACCGGGCAUGACACCCAGGCCCAACCCUUGGAUGGAGAGGACAAAGAAGGGGCGUUUCCAGCCCACGCCCACCUUAACCCCAGAUGACCGGAGGCGACUCAACACCAAGUAA